GCGAGAUAUUCUGUCGUGCCCGCUCUGCAAUUCUUUGCGAGCAACAAAGUGGCAGUUCUUUUAGGCGAAUGCUGGCUCUUCUUCGGAUGCACAAUCCCUGGGGCAAGAGAAUGUAAUCUCACUCAAGUCAUGACAUGGUAGACCAUGUUUUUUGUAUGGACAAUGCUCCUUUCUCACGGCCCACCAUGCCUCGACGUCCGUUGAACUUAAAGACAGCGAUCGACAUGACAAGCCACUGAUGCAAGUUUCUUAAACGAGCUUCCUCAUUUUUCUUCCAGACGUUGUCUAGAAGCUCAGCUCCCGAUUCUCACUGCACCUUGUCCCUUUGUCAAAACGCUACAAGAUGCAUUCCUCAAACACACUAAGCCUGCUCUUGGCGGCUUUCUCUGGCUAUGCUUCUGCCCUUCCUCAUUACCCUGCCCCUCCUGUUCCUGGCGUUCCUGGCGAUCAUCAUCCUCCUCGCCCUCGAGGACCUCGAGGACCUCCCAGUCCUCCUUCCCCUCCCUCUCCCUCUGCUCCCGUUCCCGGCCCUCCCCACGUUUCCCCUCCAGGCGUUCCUACUGCUCAAGUCUGCAACGGAACUUACCAGGGCAAGCAUGACACCACGUAUGAUCAUGAUCUGUUCCUUGGCAUGCCCUAUGCCCAACCUCCCGUAGGCCCGUUGCGUUUCUCUUCACCCAAGUCUCUUGAUAAGGCCUGGAAGGGACCUCGAUCUGCCACUGAGUUCGGAUGGAUGUGUAUUGGUUACGGCUCUGAUACCCAGAGCCUCGGUAACCCUGUCAAUGAGGACUGCUUGACCAUUAACAUCGUACGACCUUCUGGUGUCAAGGCCGGAGAUGAGCUCCCCGUUGGCCUUUGGGUUCAUGGAGGCAGCUACACCAACGGCGGUUCCCGAGACCCUAGGUACAACCUGAGCUACAUCGUUGAUCAAUCCGUCAAGGAGGGUAAGCCCAUUGUCGCUGCCUCCAUCAACUACCGUGUGUCGCAAUGGGGUUUCCUCUUCAGCGAAGAGAUGCAGAAGGAGAAUGCUGGUAACUUGGGCUUCAAGGAUCAGCGCCUGGCUAUGAGAUGGCUUCAGGACAACGUCGCGGCCUUCGGUGGUAGCCCCGACAAGGUCACUAUCUGGGGAGAGUCUGCUGGCGCUCGAUCCCUGGGUAUGCAGCUUGUCGCUUACGAGGGCCAGCACAACAACCUCUUCCGUGCUGCUGUUCUCGAGUCAGGUAGCCCUGUUGCGCUGUUCAAUCAGGCUUCUGAUUGGCAGGAGUACUAUGACGCUCUUGUCAAGAAGACUGGAUGCGACUCUGCCUCCGACAACCUCGAGUGUCUUCGUGGCCUUCCUUGGGAGACCCUCAACAACAUCUUCAACAACACUACCCCUCUCGACGUCACCGCCCCUGCUCUCACUGCUGUUAUCGACGGUGACUUCAUGACCGCCCAGGCCUCUAAGCUACUUCUGGCUGGCAAGUUCGCUCACGUUCCUCUUCUCAUGGGUAACAACUUCGACGAGGGUACUGCCUACGGUAAGAAGGGUAUCAACACUACCGAGCAGUUUCAGUCCUGGCUCUCCAGCCUCGGCCUCAGCCAGACUCAGGUCGCUACUGCUACUACUCUGUACCCUGAUAUCCCUGAUGAGGGGAUCCCCGCAUCUUUCAUUGGCCGUCCUACCAACGAGUAUGGCUCCCAGUGGAAGCGUGCCGCCGCCUUCGCUGGUGACUUCCAACAGCACGCUGGACGACGUCUCUUGGCCCAGGUCUACUCGGCCUCUUCCAUCCCCGUCUUCUCCUACCUCUGGAACGUUUACGUCAAUGGCCUUCCCGCCAUCCUUGGAGCUACCCACUUCCAGGAGGUUGCUUUCGUCUUCAACAACGUUAAGGGUGUUGGCUACAAGCCCAACCCCUUUGAAGGCAAGCCCGAGACUUUCGUUGAGCUUGCUGACCUCAUGAGCAAGAUGUGGGUUUCUUUCAUGCACGACUUGACCCCCAAUACUGUCAAAACUGCUCCCAGCCAUGUUACCUGGCCUCAGUACACGCUUGCAGAGCCUCUUAACAUUGUCUUCGAUGUCAACAAGACUGACCUCAGCUACACUGCUGUCGACAACGUCCGAAAGGAGGAGGUUGCUUUCCUCCUCGACAGUGUCUUUGCUUAAGUUCGUGGCCAGCAGUCAACACGUUGGCUAGCUGUAAUGUAUAAUAGGGUGCCAUUCUAACAUCCUUUCUAGGGACGUAUCGGCCAGAUGGCCGAAGCCCUUUAACACUUUGUAUAUAGCUUUAUCUUCCAUUCGUAUUAGCGAGCAUCUAGCAUGACUUGAAUAGAUCAAAACAUCACAUAGUCACACAAUAUGUAUCUGUAAUCUGCCAUAGUUUCUCAUUCUAGAGCAACUCAUUCGCCCAUUCUACGGUCGACGCACUCUCUAAUUACCAGACUCUACC